CCACUAAAGAAAGGAAUUUAAUUAUCGAAAUAUUUAGUAAAUAAACAAAAAUAAACAAGUAUUUAAGUAAAGUAAGCUUAAAUUACGUAAAGUUUUAAGUAAUUUUACCAAAAAUAUCAUAAAAUUGUGUGUAAAUAUUUACAAUAAGAAUAAAAAAAUUAUUGGAAAACGCUAACUUCAUGAUCGUGUAAUAUAUUCAAUCGGCGGCCAUAUUUGAUUCAAAAUUGACAUUUGAGUGAAUCAUGAGUUGUGUAAAAGAAGAAAUUGUUAUUAAAGAUGAAGACGGAGAGAAUGAAAACGAUGAAGAAUCCGAAGAGGAGGAUGAGGAAAAUGAAGAAGACGAACCAGAAAAAGAACCGGCUGAUGUUAGUCAUUAUACGUUAGAAGAAAAAAUUGUAGCGGCUGUGUGGGUACACGAACGUGUACGAAAUCAUAUGACAUGGGAUCAAAUGAUGAAAAAUUUUCGACAUCGUUUUCGAAAUAAACCCCCAUCAAAACAAACACUAUUAUGUUGGGAGCGUAAACUGUUUACAACAGGUAAUGCUCAUGACAAAACACGUAGCGGACGUCCAAUCGCCCGAUUAAUGCAUGUGCCAUAUGUUAAACAAUCCAUAGAAGAAUCACCGAAUUUAUCGAUUCGUGAACGCGCUAAAGAAUUAGGUUUACCGUAUGCUACACUGUUAAAAAUAUUAAAAGAAGAUUUAAAAAUGGCCUAUGUACCGGAUGAGGAAGCACCAAAGAAAAAAUCUACACUCAGUAGUCCAAAUAUUGGCGGUAAAUGGAAAUUUGUUGAAAAUAAUACAGAAACGACAGCGAAAAAGUUAAAACCGAAUGAAAAGGAGCCAGUUAAAAAUGAAAUCAACAGUAACAACACAAAUAAUAUACAAAGAACGUCACCAGCGCCAAAUUCAAAUUUUAAUUCGAUAUCAACGGGACCGGCAUCAUCUACAGCGCCACAACAAGCAUCUUCAUCAUAUAAUUAUGGAAUUCAUCCAGCAAACAGUACCCCAAAUCAAAUGCAAUCAAACAGUUCGAUGGUCUCACUUUACCAAAAUUAUACGAACUAUUAAAUAUAUUCAAUUUGCAAUAUUAAACUAUACUUAUGAUUUAAAAUCGAAUUAUUAUACUGACUUAGAAAGUAAUUUUCAUUUUCUUUUAGCCUUACAUUUAAAAGAAAAUGAUCUGUUUCUAAGUUGUUUUGAUAAUCAAGACGUGAAGAAGAUGGAAAUUAAUUAUAUUCAUAGAAGAGCACAAGAUCUCAAUUUUCAAUGAGAUUGACAUGCGCAUCACUACUCUUAUACUCCAUUUUUAUUUUUGUAGAAUUUAGUUGCGUAUAGCAAUGCAAGAUGGCAGCAUAAAAUAUUAAUAAUCCAUUUUGUUUAUUUUUUU